AAACUCUCGCACCAUAUGCACGCAUCCUUGUUCUACCGCCAUGCCCAGCAAGACGGAGACGAUACGGAAAAGUCACCUUGAGCUUUCAGCUCUACCGGCACCGGAGCUUGUGAACGGGAGCCGGAGCGGAUAAUUACCAAAACAAAAUGCAUGUGACACAGUUUCCAGAUAUGCUGAAUCGAAUGGCGUUAGCAGUUUUUCGAUUAAUUUUUUGAUUUGUUCUGACCAGAUCGUACGGGGUUUUCCGUUGUAAUAUAGAUCUUUACCUUGAUAUACUAAACGCUUGAUCCGGCUAUUAAAUUAACUUUCACCCUACUCGCGUCUGUUUACCCGAUAAUCAAAGUUUUACAAAGCUGAAUAAUACCUAGUCAUGAUUGCCGUGGGGAUAUCGGUAAAUGCGUCCACGUGUUUUGCCAAUCGAAGCACAGUAUCCGGAUUUUUCCUGGCCGGACGGCAAGUGAACUGGAUUAUCAUGGGAGCCAGCUUUUUCGCUUCGAAUAUCGGCAGUGAUCAUUUCAUCGGGUUGGCCGGAUCCGGCGCCGCAGAAGGCAUCAGCGUCGGAGCCUUCGCGUUCAAUGCUACAAUUAUAUUACAACUACUCGUAUGGGUGUUUUUUCAUGUUUAUAUCCCGAGCAAGGUACGUCGCUUAGAAGGAUGUUGUUAGUCUAUUAAUUCAUUAGAACUCGUACUGUUAUUUGAUUUGAAGUGUUUGUUGAUUUGUCCACUUUAUGGUUUUAUUGCAUUAGGCUUACGUACGCCUUCUUGAAAUGCCGCACAUACGGCCGACGGCAGACCUUUUUCGAAAACUUUAUAAUGUGUAAUAUUAUUGUUAUUUGUGUCGAAUAUUUUUGAAAUGAACAGGUGCUCACGUUCCAAGAAUAUAUGAGCAAACGAUUUGGAGGGAAUCAAAUUCCCGUCUAUCU